UUAAUUUCAGACAAGAUGGCGUCGGCCGCUGAUGUUCGGGAGAUCAUGGGGAUCACACCGCUGGACACAACCAUUACUAAAGAUCAUAUUCUGGGGAAUGACAAAAAGAGGUUGAAGAAGGCGGUACAACCGGGGUUCCAAAGACCAGAAGGGAUGCACAGAGAGCUGUACAAUCUACUGUACAGUGAGAAUAAAGAGUUACCCUGCCCCCUCAUACCUACAGACACUAGCAAAGAUCAAGGAUACAAGCAAAUGAGAGCCAAACUAGGAAUGAGAAAGGUCCGACCCUGGAAAUGGCUUCCCUUCACUAACCCUGCCAGGAAGGAUAACCUAGUCCUCCACCACUGGAGGAGGCAGGUUGACGAGGGGAAGGAUUAUCCCUUCUCCAGGUUCAACAAGAGUAUAGAGGUUCCAACAUAUACAGAGGUCGAGUAUCAACAUCAUCUUGUCUCCGCUGGAUGGACUCGAGAAGAGACGGAUCAUCUGAUGGAUCUGGCGCAAAGGUUUGAUCUGAGGUUCCUUGUGAUGCAUGAUCGGUGGGAUAGAUCCACCUUCUCUCUCCGAUCUGUCGAGGAUAUCAAGGAGAGAUACUAUUCUAUCCUGGAGAAACUGGAGAGAGUGCACGGAGGAGCUACAGGAGAACAGACCAAGAAACAGUUUGCAUACGACGCAGAUCAUGAAAGGAGAAGAAAGGAACAACUGAGAAGACUAUAUAAUAGGAACACGGAACAGAUCGAAGAAGAAGAAAUGCUGAGAGGAGAAUUAAGAAAGAUCGAAGCUCGGAAGAAAGAGAGAGAAAAGAAAACUGCAGAUCUUCAGAAACUAAUUGCUCAGGCGGAUAGUACCUCAGGUUUAGAGAGCAAGAAGCUGUGUAAGAAACAGAAACUAGGAUUAGUUGGACGACCUAGACUAGAACAGGCAGUCAUUGAUCAGAACGGUAUCCGUUGGCCUGACAUGAAGUCUAGUGGAGUAAGUGUAAGAUCUCAAAGAAUCAAGCUGCCUAUUAGUGUAGGAUUGAAGAAAACUAAAGCUAUUGAGUGUAUGCUUAAUGAGCUCGGUGUACCUAUCCAACCCAGCUGUACAGAUGAGAUAUGUACUGAGUUUAAUGAGCUAAGAUCUGAGAUGGUUCUCCUCUACGAGAUCAAGAAUGCCCUCACCACAUGUGAAUAUGAGAUGUCAAGUUUAAAGCAUCAUUAUGAAGGUUUAGUUCCUGGGAAAACAUUAGAAAUCCCGGAGCUUAUCAAGACUUCAUCUGGAAGUUUGGCGGAGGGAGCAGCUGCUGCCGCGAAUACAUCUGAGAAGAAAAAGAGUUUGGCGGAUGUUAUCGACGUAGUUGGUAACGUUAGAGACGGUCUAAACAUCAAUAGGAAGAGGAAAGCAGCGCUGGAGCAAGGAAAUAUUCUCAAGAAAAUAAAGAAACGAAGUUAUCAAUAAUGUUAUUAAUUACUGUAAAUAAUAAAUCAUGUUUCAGA